AUGAAAGGCGACUUACCGUACUCGCUCCAAAUAGGUGAUGAUGAGGACCCAUGGAUCCGGUUCAUGAUAGAGGUCCAUAAAGCCGAUAUUAGUAGCGCGGGCUUCAUAGUCAAUAGCUUUGAAGAGCUUGAAGGGGAGUACCUAGCCACUCUGGAAUCUUUCUUGGAGAACAAGGCAAAUGCAUGGUGUGUGGGCCCACUCCUUCUUGUGAACAAUCAGGUUGAAACCGGUGGUGAUGAUCUUAAGAACCAAUCAUGUCCGCACAUCGAUUGGCUUGACAAACAACCGGUCCGGAAUGUUGUGAUAUAUGUGUCGUUCGGUACACAAUCGCACGUGUCAGGUGCCCAAAUGGAUGAAAUUGCAAUGGGGUUGGAGAUGGCAGACCAACCAUUCAUUUGGGUCGUCCGAUCAAUGAAAUGGCGCCCACCGGAAGGAUGGGAGGAGAGGGUGAAUGAGAGGGGACUGGUAGCAAGAGACUGGGUGGAUCAGAGGAGUAUAUUAGCACACCCGUCAACAGGUGGGUUUUUGACUCACUGUGGUUGGAACUCGGUGUUGGAGAGUUUGUCAGUUGGGGUCCCAUUACUGGCUUGGCCCAUGGGGGCUGAGCAAGGGUUGAAUGCCAAGUACGUAGCGGAGGGAAUGGGGGCGGGGAUUUUGGUCCCACAAGAAAGGAAGAGAAUGGAGACAAAGGAAAUCAAGGUAAUUGGACGUGAUGUGAUCUGUGAUGGGGUUAAGGAGUUGAUGGUUGGAAAGCAAGGGAGGAGAGCUAGGGAGAGAGCUCAAGAAUUGGCGGUCAUGGCAAGGCAAGCUGUUGAGAAAGGCGGGUCAUCUGAUAGGAAGUUGGAUGAGUUGAUUGAGAGCCUAACCCGUAACAAAAAUGGUGUCUAA